CAAAAAAGAGAAUAUCUUCUGUGAGAGAAGAGCGAAAAGGGAAUAGAUUGGAAUAAUGAUAAAAUACGUUAGUAUAUGGAGGAAGAAAUUAAAUCUUAAGAACGAUAUACUUUGCCAAGCUUGUAUUGAUAAUUCGCAGAAGAAUUUAAGAACUUAUCAGGAAAAAUGUGGUAAGGUUUUAAAGAAGAUAAAUCUAGAUAGUGGAGACUCUUUCUAUCAGAAGAAAAGGCAUAUCUAUUAUUAUUGGGUAAGGGAAGAUCUGAUAUUCAUGCUAUAUAUUGAUCCUAAUACGGAUAAAAAGGGAGCAAUAACGUUUCUGACAAAUGUCUAUAAUGAGUUUAUUAGAAGAAAUCUCAAUGAUAAAGUCAUCUAUCUCAAUCCAAAGAAUAGAAAUAGUAUGGAUUUUCAAACUUAUCUAACGAAUGAAUUGAUUCAAGCCGGAGACAAUCCUUUUUAUAGUCAACCACAAAAUAUUCCACUAAUACCCAUUCAAUCGAAUAAAGGCAGUUUAUGUCCUAUUAAUGAACAUUCAAUUGAAUUAAACGAAACAAAGAUUGACAUUUGCGAGGAUCCGAAAGAUUGCCAAUUGGAUUUAGAGGAAAGUGAUAAAGAAAAUAUGAUAAUUAAGCCUAAUAGAAUCGUUAACUAUGCCCUUAUUGCAAUGACAAUACUACAAAAAUACAUAGAUAAGAAGUUGUAUAUAUAGGCGAUUUCAAAAAGAAAUAACAAUUUGAAGAUUGCUCUUUUCAAAAAGAAGAAAAAAAGAUGAAAUUUGCUAUAUUGGUUCUAUUUUUCUUGUCUGUUUCUCUCUUUGCCUUCUCUAAAGGACAAAUAACUUGCUUUUCUUGUACUUCUGUUUUAAAUCCAAAUUGUGGUAAUCCGUUUAAACCUGAUAAUAUUUCUACUUGUAUAACAUAUGGAGAAUGCUUUAAAACAGUUGCUGGAACAAUUUUUAUGAGAGGUUGUUCACCUAUUGCCACCUCUAGUGGUUGUACGACAGCCGACUCAGUUGCCGCCUGCUUCUGCAAUAAAAACAAAUGUAAUUCAUCCUCAAAUCUAAAGCCAAUUUUAAAAACUUUUGGAAUUGUAUUUACGAUUUUUGCACUUUUGAUAUAAAUUGAUUUUUAUACGAAUAAAAACAUUUUGAACACUAUUAA